AUGGCAAACACCUUCGUGGGGUUUGAAGAAAGGGCUGUUGACGCGCUCCGGGAAGGUAAAUGCAUCCCCAACGGUCCAACUCCGCCUAUUUAUUUCAUCGGACCUUUGAUCGCCGGUGGCAAUCAUGUGGAUCCUAGCGAAAACGAGUGCUUAAAAUGGUUGAAUUCACAACCGAUUAAAAGUGUAGUGUUUUUAUGCUUUGGGAGUCAGGGUGUGUUGAAGAAGGAGCAGUUGAAGGAAAUAGCUAUUGGUUUAGAGAAAAGUGAGCAAAGAUUCUUGUGGGUGGUUCGAGAUCCGCCACCAGAUGACAAAAAAACCGACUCGAAUUCCGGUGGUGGUAAAGAAGUCGGUCUGGAUGCGAUUCUUCCUGACGGGUUUAAGGGCAGGAUUGGGGAUAAGGGGAUGGUGGUGAAGAAUUGGGCACCACAGCCGGCGAUACUUAGUCAUGAGUCGGUGGGUGGAUUUGUGAGUCAUUGUGGGUGGAACUCGGUGCUUGAAGCGGUGGUAGCUGGGGUGCCACUGGUGGCAUGGCCAUUGUAUGCGGAACAGAAGAUGAAUCGAGUGUAUUUGGUUGAGAGAAUAGACACAAGAGAGACAGAGAUAUCGAUUCAGAAAGCCCUUGAUGAUAUAAACAAAACCCCAUGCUCGGAAUCUCCAAUGGUAGCCAGAGUUGGCCGGAAAAUGCGAAAGAAGGUGGUGGUGGCUCCCGGAAAUCCGGCCACAGAUCAGGCCAGAUUUUGGGUGGGGUUUGUAGAGGAUGAAAAAUGGGAGAGAAUGGCAGUGGUUUAA